AUGAGCGGCUUCACAAAGUUCCGCGCCGGCCUUACGGCCACGGGCUGCGCCGCCAUCAUAUUUACCGGCGCCACUUACGGCGCCGGCCUCAAGACCCAGAAGGAAUGGAAAGAGGAAAGAAGAAACUUCUGGGAGUCUCCGUACGACGAGCAAAUUUCCCUUCUUGAGGGUCAGCGCGGCCGCUUGGUUGCGGAACGCCGUAAUUGGGAGAGGAAGCUCACGUACUUGGAAGAGAGGAUAAAGGAGAGGGAGACGAAGAAGCCCGAGAGCUGACGGAAAAGGGACCAUUCGCCCGCUCGGGUUACGUCGGGCCGUAUCCAUGACUACGAAGCGGACGUUGUCGACAUCCGUAACCCUCCAUACGUUGCUGGCCUGAUUUGUUAGUGCAAAUGGCCGCCGCUGUUCAAAUGAAGCCUCACCCAGGCGUGUGCUGGAACGCUGCCAUGAAGCUAGCAAUCAGCUGCUGCUCAUCUGACAUCCCGCCAUCUUGCAUCAUGGGUGCAUGAUAGAUACUACAUCAAAAGCUGAUGUACACCAUUGUAACCAUAGUUAUAGCAAUUGCCGCAUGUGUAAUGAACCG